AUGACAAUCAGUCAGGGAUUUAUUAUAAUUUUCCUCUUGCAAUUUGGAGGAGAGCCUGUAACGUCAGCAUCAUGUGACUUUUCUGGACAGUGCAUUUAUAAUUUGAAAGUCCAUCAUUGUAACCAAACAACAAACACCAGACGGGAAAGCGAUCCGAGUGGCAAUUGUGGGUGUGGAGACUUGGAAAUCGUACAAGGAGAGACAUACAACUUGCAAAGUUCAUUGAGUACUCUGGAAUUUCAGUUCAGUGCCCUUGUACAGCGGUAUCAAGCAACUAAAGCAAGUAUUUUACAGAAACAACAACUACUUGAGAACGCUCUUUCUGAAAAUAAAGCAUUAGAAUCGAAAAUCCGAAGUGUGGAUUAUCUUCUUAAUAAAACGACUGAAAGCGUGACCAGACAAACAAAUAACUGGAAGAGUGAGAAAAUAAGACUUCAGACACAGACUUCUACAUCUAUUAAAGAUUUACAGACAUGUAAAGCGGUAUUGACUGCAGCCAAAACUGACAAUGGCCAUAGUAUAACAGAUACAUCAAGCAACAAACCCGUUUCGAGGACUUUCUGUGGAUUCGAGGACAGUAAAAGGUGUGGAUAUGUAACAGAGUCGGGUUCACACUGGACAUUGCAAUCUUCAAUGAAGUCCUCAACAACAGGACCAAAGCAAGACCAUACAUAUGGCACUCCAAAAGGUCAUUACAUGAUGCUGGAUUCCCAAGGCUCUGCAUCGUCCUCUAAGACAACUCAUACAUCUAGAGUAGAUUCUCCUCAGUAUUCUACCUCAUCUGCAGGAUACUGUAUCAAAUUCUGGUAUAAUAUGCAUGGACAAGAUAUAACAUUUCUCAAAGUAUACGCAAAGGUUAAUGGUGGACUAGGAUAUCCAGUGUUUACCAAGACAGGUGAUGUAGAUUCAGAUUGGCACCAAGCACAGAUAUCAUUGGAUAAUGAGUAUACGUCACAUCCAUUCCAGAUAGUUUUCGAGUCAGCAACCAAUGCCUAUUACACUUCCCAUUAUAGCAGUGGAUCUUACCGCCACAUCUACUCCCAAGACAAAUCUAACACUGCCAUAGACGAUGUUACAGUGUAUAACACGUCCUGUAUUCAUUUGUCUAAGUCAUCGCAUGGUUCCCAUGUACGUCAGAAUGGCUCAGAUACAUCGUAUUAUUCCUUCCAUGCCAAACCAUUGAAUUGGUACGACGCUAAGACGGCAUGUCGUCAAGAAGACAGUCAAUCUACUUUGGUGUCUAUAAAUAGUCAAGGGGAACAGGAUUUUCUUGUAAGGACUAUUAAAAACGAUGAAAAUUUGGCAAAUGUUGGCAGCUUAGGAUUUUACACAGGCGGAAAUGACGAAAAGAGUGAACAUAACUUCGUGUGGACAGACACGGGAGCCUCAGUCACCUACACCAAUUGGCAUCCGGGUCAACCAAACAACGUAGGUGGCGAUCAGGACUGUUUAUUACUACAGUACGCAGACAACAACUUUGAAUGGGGAGAUGUUGGGUGUUCUGAAAAACAUCCAUAUAUUUGUGAAUAUCACACCAGUUAGACAAGAUCCUUAUUAAAGUAUUUUAAAAUCUUA